AUGGCUUACAACGCCGUUUCCCAGGCCGACGUCGAAGUGGCCUCCAACGCGACCGAUUCUGACGCCUCCCGCAGUCCAUCACUGCAGUCGCACCAGCGCCCCACCUUUCAGCCACUGCCCCUAGAUACAGAGCAUAUCGGAGGAGGGAGUUAUUUACAACCGGCAAAGACCGCAGAGGACACCGGAUUUGGCAGCUUGAGCUCCAUAUUACGGCCCAUAACAUCGACCAGCUACGACAUGGUCGAGGAAGACGACUACGAGGAAACGAACCCUGGCGCAGAUCGACGGUCCGACGAUCUUCGUCGCGUGAUUCCUCCGCUCGACACUACUUCCAAGCCACAAGUGCAAACAGACUCCGAUGAACCACCCCUGCGGACUCCCAUCACCGAUACGCCGGUACCUCUCAGUCAUCCGACGCCAGAUCUCCAGUCCUUACAAGGAGCGUAUGUCACUAAUGUGGAGAGGUUGGAGAGGAGUGCGGAACGCUUGAGCUCGAGCUCGGCGGAUAUUGCGAGUGAGAUUCGAAAGAUGAAUCUCGAGCAGAAGAGGCGCUCGUGCAGCUCCGUCUCGAACUCUGUUCUCCAAUACAACACGGAAGGCUCCCCCUUGAGGAACAACAUUUCCAGCCCUCAGGGCUCCACUCGUUCGGCAUCUCGUUUGACGCAAGUGUCGGAAAGUGGAAAUGAGGGUAUUUUCACCCAGCCUGCGUUUGGGACUGCCCCUGAGCACAUUUCUCCGCCUCAAGAGACCUUUUCCCACCAGUCCCCCGCCGAUUUUCCUGGUCGGCACGGUCAUGGUGCAGGCUACGAGAUUGAGAGGCCUUCGUCUGCAGCUUCCGGUGACACCUUUCAACAAGCGAGGGUUCUGUUCACCGAUUUUGACGGCGUCCAUUUUGUUGACAAAGGUCCGGACCCCAUGCGCCAUGUGUCGCUGACCCGACCGCCUCUCGCAAGUAGCUCCGAGUCGUACAAGGAACCACAGGUGGGAAAUAAUAUGGUAUACUACCCUGCGCCUGUUCCGAUGAUGCUGAAUUUACCGCCUCGGCUAUCGCACAGCCGUGAUGCGGAGCGGGAACGAGAGAAACGUCGCACCCAGCUCCUCAGCACAGUUGCUCCGGAGAACAGGAAAUCCGCGCCAUGGCUGUCUGGUCAAAUUCAAGAGGAAGCGAACGGCCAGAAAAAUUACAAAGAUUUGCCUCCGCAACUUCGAGCGAGCGUCUUUUUUGACACGCCGGCCGCACCGCUGGAAAUCGAAGUGAAACAGGCUUCGGCCGUCGAAACGCUUGAGAGCAUACUGGAUGCCUCCGCGCAUGCCCCUGUUACUGCCUUUACAGAACAUCCCUUCGCUGGGAACGUAGGGUCAGAUGUAUAUCGGAACGCCAAGCCCAAGUCGUCCCAUCCGAAUCUAUACGAACAAAGGAAGAAACGUGCAUCGAGAACCAAUCUCGUCUCUGAGUAUCGUACUUCCAAUCCUGAUCUCAGAGCGGCCUCCAUCGCGUCCCAUCCAUUACAUAAGCAAACUGAAGCAGACGCUGCGGUUAGACAUGAAAAUGCCGCUCCACAUGCGGAUGAUGAUGCUUACGAUGAACAGUCAGAGAGCGAUGAUUCCGAAACGGGGGAUGAAGAAUCAGAGGAGGAGGACGAACCAGAUUUCGAAUACACAGGUCCCCCGAAUACUCUGCUAGCAGAGCUAGAAAUGCGAAAGCAGGAACUUAAACAGCGGCGGCGGACAGCCGCUGCCUCCAAUGGAAUGCACUCCACCCUUCUUCAGCUUGAGGCUGUCGCGCAGAAGCAAAGUGAGCACAGGCGGCAAAAACCGGUUACAUUAGCUUGGGAAGAUCCCGACGUUCACAAGCACGAGGAGGAUGAGGAUGAAGACGUUCCCCUGGCCGUGCUCUUCCCUGAGAAAGCCAAUGUCCCCGACGAGGCCAGACCAUUGGGUCUCAUGGAGAGAAGGGAAUUGGAGGAGAGUGAGCCGCUAAGCAGACGUCGCGCGAGGCUGCGAGGAGAGCCUUUGCCCUUGGCCAGCCUUGAUAAGCGCCCAACCACCAUGUACACUCAAAAUAUGCCGGAGCCCGCGCAGCCGGACAGCGAAGACGAGGGAGAGACCCUAGCGCAGCGCCUUAAGCGUUUGAAAGCCAAGGACCGCACCAGCACUGUCGCAGAGAGUGAGUUUGCGAGUGAAAUCCUUGCCGAACUAAGCCAUCUACACGAGGACGAACCGAAGGACAAGGAAACCGAAGCCGCGCCCGAAGACGAGACUCUGGCUCAACGACGAGAGCGGCUUCGAAGGGAGGCCGCCGCUCAGAAGAAGGCGACGCAAGCUCCAAGAUACCGGAGAAGUAUGGCGGACAUCCUUCAUGCCCGUCCGAUCAGCGUCGGGCAACCGCCCACGAACGAGCCUGCUGCUCACCGUGGACCGACCCAUCAGCGUUCAUACGACAACCGUCUAUCAACACAGCAACUGCCGUUCAAUUUUGGGAAUCCAGCUGCGGCAGGAUUUGCGCAGAACCAAGGACUUGCGGCGGCAAAUCCUCAGACUUUGGGGAUGGUGCACCCGAACACAUUCUACAGCGAUGCUAUCUUGGGGAUGAAUCAUCUGAGCUAUGCUAUGCCUCAUAACUACCAUUCCAAAGUCUUACAGCCUGUGGUUGAUAAUGGCCAACGGGAGAUCAUUGAUCGUUGGAGGCAAAGCAUCAGAUAA